AUGACGACAUUCACCAAGCUCAGCGACGAGGAGACGCCCACCAUCUCUGUCCAUGCGUCCAGGCGUCUGUCCAAAAUCAACCCCAACAUCUACUCGGGGUUCACAGAGCAUAUGGGACGAUGCAUCUACGGAGGCAUAUAUGAUCCCGGAAAUCCUCUGUCGGACGAGAAUGGCUUUCGAAAGGAUGUUCUGGAGGCUCUGAAGGAGCUCAAUAUCCCUGUGGUUCGCUAUCCCGGCGGAAACUUUACCGCCACGUAUCACUGGUUAGACGGUGUUGGCCCGAAGGAUCAACGACCCGCGAGACCGGAGCUCGCCUGGCUGGGGACUGAGACCAAUCAGUUCGGCACUGAUGAGUUCUUAAAAUGGUGUGAGAUGCUCGGCGCGGAGCCGUACCUCUGCUUGAACUUUGGAACAGGCACUCUUGAUGAAGCAAUGGCAUGGGUCGAGUACUGCAAUGGGACGGGAAAUACCUACUAUGCCAACCUGCGGAGGAAGAAUGGUCGGGAGAAGCCCUACAAUGUUAAAUACUGGGCUCUGGGUAACGAGACAUGGGGUCCGUGGCAAAUUGAACAAAUGACCAAGGAAGCCUAUGCUCACAAGGCGUAUCAAUGGGCCAAAGCUCUCAAGCUGCUCGAUCCGAAUAUAAUUCUCAUUCUUUGCGGUCAGGACGGCACUGCAUCGUGGGACUACUACACCCUCAAACACUGUCUGCAGCCAACAAAGGCUACUCUAAACAGCAACCCGGUUCCCCUUAUUGACAUGCACAGCAUUCACAUGUACACGGCGUCGUCCAAGCAUUUGCCAAACGCCACCGCACCCUUGGCUGCGGAGCGUGCGAUUGAGAUUACAUCCUCCCUGAUCGACCUGGCUCGGAUCGAAAACGGGAUAUCCCCGGAUGAGCCGCGCCCGACGAUCUGCUUUGACGAGUGGAACGUCUGGGAUCCCGUGCGUGCCGAGGGCAGCAAGGGAGCCGAGGAGAGCUACACCCUGUCCGACGCGUUGGCGGUGGGAGUUUUCCUCAACGUGUUCGUCCGGAAGAGCAAGGACCUGGGAAUGGCGUGCAUCGCGCAAAGCGUCAAUGUCAUUUCGCCGCUCAUGACGACCAGAGACGGCAUUGUGAAGCAAACGACGUGGUGGCCGCUGUGGCUUUUCUCCCGAUUCAUGCGGGGCUGGACCAUCGGUGCGCAUGUUUCCUGUGGCGCCUACGAGGGCGAAACCUCACCCGCGUGGCUGCGCGGCGUCAAGGACACUCCCUGGCUGGACGUCAGCGCGGCCUUGGGUGACGAUGGCUUUGUCAACGUAGUUGUCGUCAACAUCCAUGAAACUAAGGACUUUAAGACCAACGUCAAGGGCGUCAGUGGAGGUCCUGUCACUGUCUACACGGUCACCGGAGCCGAUGUGUCUGCUACUAACAUGAAGGGGAAGCAAGAGGUGGGAGUUCAGGAGAGUACAUGGGACGGCAAAGGCAGUUAUGUGUUCCCGAAGCAUUCUCUGACGCUGCUGAGAUGGAAGGCAGAGUGA